AUGUCGGAAACACACGGACAGGCUUUCCACCGCGCCGGCUUCUCGCCGCCUGCCAACACCGGCUCGUUCUCGGCCAUGAUGGCCGCCCAGGCCGGUGCCCAACGUCUCGCCAACGGCACCUCGAUCCACCCUUCCACCUCGCCGCCCGCCUCGUUCUCACCGCCCCACGUGCGCGCGCGUGCGACUUCGCAGUCGGUGCCCCUCUCUGCACCACGUCUGUUGACGCCGUUUGACACGGAAGACAUCCGAAUCCUGCUGCUUGAAAACGUCUCGCAAGGGGCGGUCAAGAUGCUCAAGGAGCAGGGCUACCAGGUCGACUUCCACACCAAGGCUUGGAGCGAGGAUGAGCUGAUCCAGAACAUCGGACAGUACCACGCCAUCGGCAUCCGCAGCAAGACCAAGCUGACCGCCAAAGUGUUCCGCGCGGCACACAAGCUGCUCGUCGUUGGAUGCUUCUGCAUCGGCACCAACCAGGUGGACCUCGAGGCGGCAGCCAAGGCCGGUGUCGCCGUCUUCAACUCUCCGUUUGCCAACUCGCGCUCCGUAGCUGAGCUCGUGAUCUGCGAGAUGAUCAGCCUGUCGCGUCAGCUCGGCGACCGCGUCAACGAGAUGAGGGCCGGUACCUGGAACAAGGUGUCCAAGGGCUGCUACGAGGUGCGAGGCAAGAUUCUCGGAAUCGUCGGGUACGGACACAUUGGAUCGCAGCUCUCGGUUCUCGCCGAGGCGAUGGGUAUGCAGGUCAUCUACUACGAUGUGGUGCCGCUCAUGCCUCUUGGAUCCGCCAGGCAGGUGUCGACGCUCAACGAGCUGCUUGGCCUCGCCGAUUUCGUCUCGCUGCACGUUCCCGAGCUGCCCGAGACCAAGAACAUGAUCCGCGCCGAGCAGAUCAAGGCAAUGAAGAAGGGAGCUUACCUGAUCAACAACGCACGAGGCACCGUCGUCGACAUUCCUGCGCUCGUCGAGGGCCUCAAAUCCGGCCACUUGGCCGGUGCGGCGGUCGACGUGUUCCCCAAGGAGCCCGCCGCCUCGGGACCUGGUACCUUCUCCAACGAGCUCAACAGCUGGGCUUCCGAGCUGUGCAAGCUACCCAACGUGAUGCUGACGCCCCAUAUUGGUGGAAGCACAGAAGAGGCGCAGCGCAUGAUCGGUAUCGAGGUCUCGGACGCCCUGGUGCGCUACAUCAACUACGGCGGCUCGGUUGGCGCGGUCAACUUCCCCGAGGUCGACCUUCGUGCUAUUACCGAGGCCGACUCGCGUGUGAUUCGUAUCUGCUACGUCCACCAGAACCAGCCCGGCUCGCUGCGUGCAGUCAACGAGAUCUUGGGCUCCUUCAACGUCGACAAGCAGCACUCGGAUUCGCACAAGGCUACCGCCUACAUGCUCGUCGACAUCUCGGGUGUCUCGGAAAACGACGUGCGCGAGAUCUACGACCGUGUCUCCAAGACCGAGGCCAACAUCCUGACUCGUUUGUUGACGUGA